CCUCUCCAGUCUAUAUUUUUUAGACCCCCCACCAACUUUCCAAAAGCCUGUUUCCUGGAAGUACCCCCCAAUGUCUAAAUGCUAGGCGCCUGAUAUGUUCAUGUACCUUUCCUUCUCCAUAUAUAAGCCACCCCACCCCAAUUCACUGCAUCUGAUUCUUGGCUUCACUCAAAGUCACAAAUCAAACGAAACUAAACCACAAAAGAAACAACUUUUCUCUUCGAUUGAUCUCUCUUGGUCUUGGGUAAGUGACUAAAGAUGGAAGGAAUGAAUGCGUGUUCAUCUUCUACAUCAUCAUCUGAUACAUCCUCUUCAGAGUCAUCUUUCUCUGCAAGGGCUUCGAACAAAGAUGAGAAGAUCAAAGGUCCUUGGAGUGCGGAGGAAGAUAGGAUUUUGACUCGACUGGUUGAAAGAUACGGACCUAGAAACUGGUCUUUGAUAAGCCGUUAUAUAAAGGGUCGAUCAGGGAAAUCUUGCAGGCUUAGAUGGUGUAACCAGCUCAGCCCCAAAGUUGAGCACCGUCCGUUUUCUCAAGCUGAGGAUGAGACCAUCUUGGCUGCUCAUGCUAGGUUUGGUAACAGGUGGGCCACCAUUGCUAGAUUGCUUCCAGGAAGGACUGAUAAUGCUGUGAAGAAUCAUUGGAACUCGACGUUGAAGAGGAGGGCAAGAGAAGGACAACAGCAACACCAGCCGCGGCUGCUACAUCCACAGGAACAGAUCAUUCAGAGUACUCAUCAUCAGCAAGUGGAGGGUGGUGAUAGUGCAUUGGCAUCUGUGGGGAUGAUGAUGGAUGAGGAAGCGUUGACGGCGUUGACUCUAGCGCCGCCUGGUAGUGGAAGUACGGUGGUGGCUGAGGGGAGGAAGAGAGAGGAGAGAGUGCCGGCAGAGUUUUGGGAUCUGAUGAGAAAUGUGAUAGCAAGAGAAGUUAGAGAGUAUAUGAGCUCAACGUUAUCGAGCUGAGACAUCAGGUUUCAUUAAAACAAAAGAAAAAAAUUGCUGAGCCAAUCUGUGUUUUCUGUUUUUUAUGCCUUCAGGGUUUCCUUUGGGGUUGUCCCAUAUCUCUUGGUUUUCAUAUGGUGAUCUUUAGUUCUUUUCUUUCUUUUGUUUUCGUCAAAGGACAAAAUGCUUUGAAGAAAUGUAAGAUUUUAUGAAUGAAUGCCUGAGCUCGAGGCAUUAAAGAAAAAUUACUUUUCAAGAUAAUACAGCUUGUCACCAGUAGUGAAAAAGAAGAAAAAUUGGUUGCUAAAAAAUUGAAAGUUUUGGGGAAAACGAUGAGUAUAUUCUGUUGACAAUUCUCCCUAUUCUAGGAAAUCAGGGUCCAGGGAUAGUGGGAGGCCAGGCAAAGCAACCAGAGGACAAAUACAUAAACUAGCUAGUUCAGGCAAUGUUGAUUCUCAUGGCAACAUGCUGAGUAAAUAUUCUUUCUCAAAUCUUUUUAUAUUGGCUAAGAGAAAAUAGAAUUCUACUCACGAGAUGUCAUUACUCCACCUUUUGAAGCUCGGGAGGGAGAUAUUCUCUCAAACUUUGGAUUCUCAAUAUCUUAGUUGAAAAAAUUUAGAUCUUGUAUCAGUGUUUGAGUAAUGAAAUGAUAAGGAUUGAGAUGAUUUAUUAGGAUGGAUGUGUGUAAAAUUCUUUAAUAUCCCCAUUGUUUUAUUCCUUGGAUAACAAUUCAGAGGAAUCAAUAGAAAUUAUUUAUGGAAAUUUGUGCUCUGUUUGUGAUCACAUGGAAAGACAAACUAGUACUGAUGUUUUUGCUCAAAGUACAAAAUUCUCCAACUUGUUUAUAUUUUUGUCUCACAGUACAAUUUGGAGGAACAUGUGAAAAUAGCAAGCUGCUGGUUGGUUUACACCUGAUGAAGAAACUCAUAAAUGCUCUUCAAUAAAAAAAAAAAUAGUAAAUCCUUUUUGUAUUUGGCUUUGAUUCCCAGUUACUUCCUACAUCAAACUGGAAAUAGCUGUAGACCAAAAGGAAGUUGUGUUUUUCACCAUUCAAAAGCUUUACUUGUUCCUGAAACAAUUGCAAAUGAACAAGAACCCAAUUGUACAAAACAGCAGUCUCCACUUACCACAGUGAGCUUUGGCUAUGGAGUGUUACAGCGUCAAGCAUUCAUUUUCAGGUUCAGUGAACUCUUUGCACGUUUCUUAUUUGCCAAUUAACUUUGGAAGCAACUUUAAAAAGUUCCAAAACAUACUAGCCACACAUUUUUCAUCUUGUCUGCAUGUUAAAAUCAGCCAGGGUGUCUUUACCCAUACAAGUUCAAAGAAUGUGGAGUUGUGGACCUUGCCUGAUGAAAAAAUGGGGAGGAUUUGUUUUGAGGGAAGGGUGGAAAAAGCAAAGCAUUGGAGAGUAGGGAACGCACUCUGUUUGUAUC